AUGAACGGUAUCCCGAACAUGUCCACGAGUGACCAACUUUGGUUCUCUCAAAUCUCGUCAAUUAGUUGGGAGAAGGCAUACAAGACCACCUGCGACCAAAUCGACGCUUAUAUUGCAAAAAUAUCGUCCCUUGAGAUGCAGCUAGCCGCAGCCGAGACUCGCAACGCUUGUCUCACUAGGGAAAACCAGCGGCUGAGCCUGACAAUUAGGCACUUGGCGCCAUGGGCUUCUAUCACUCCGAAUAUGUCACCGAGAUCAAGUCCUGUUAACAAUAACCCUGAGGACAGUGGCAAUACAUUAGUCGGAGAGGCCUUUGACAAUAUCUUUAAUACUGAAUACUUCUUGGGGUCAGACAGUGACCAUGGCAUGGAUGACGGCUCUGAGACAGCUGUUGAUCUGGAAGCUCCCGGCGAUUCGCAGGCUGUUGAGAAAUUUGAGACAGAGGGCAACGCUGGCAAAGGGCUGAUCUUGACCGUGGAGUCUGGUCACGCCCCCGAGCCAGUGUCACAAGAGAGUGCCACCGUGAAACUUGCAGACAAGAUUCUACAGUCGGAUGGUUGA